AAAGUUGUAUUUGAACCAUCACAAGUGGAAGUUUCAAUUGAUUUUGAAAGUAAAGGCUAUGAUUUACCAUCUUUAGAUAACUUACUACAGUAUUGUGAAAAACUUGAAGAAUUUAUUGAUAAACUUUAUUACAAUAAGGACAUAGAAGCUG